UAUGUUUCACCGCGAGGAGAAGGCGAGUGACUUGUGGACCGCCGCCAGGGAUGGCGAUAUGGACACUAUCACGCGCAUCCUCCGUGACGUGGAAACCACCAUCAACGUCAGCGAGAACGGAUCCACUCCGUUGUGGAUUGCAUCAAAGCAUGGUCACAACGACGUUGUUCGUGUGUUGGUCGACGUGGCACACGCCGUGGACUGGGUCAACGACGAUGGCGAGUCUGCGCUGUAUGCGGCAGCCCAGGAAGGCCAUAUACAUGUACUUGACACCCUGCUACGACACACCAACGUGAACUUGGCGAACGAGGUAGUACCGUGUCGAGCUCGGUCAUCAUUCUCCCCUAUUUCAUCCCGCCAUUCUUCGCAGGACGGCGCGACGCCGCUGUAUAUUGCAUCCGAGAUGGGUCAUGUCCAUGCUGUCCAGCUAUUGCUAGCGCAUGACGACGUCGAUGUGAACCAACCGAACGUGAACGGAGCAACUCCAUUACACGUGGCUUGCGAACGAGGACAUGCCGAGGUGGUGCGGCUGUUGUUAGCCGUAGCCGACUGCGCUGUAUCCGACAUGGAUGGAUGGACAGCAUUGCACGCUGCAACUUGCUCUGGCCAUGCCAACGUGGUGGAGCUGUUGCUAGCAUCUGGCCAGUUUGAUGUAUCGGUUCAGACCAAUGCCUGCGACACUGCGUUGGACCUUGCCACAGACGAAGGCCACGCCCGUAUCGCAGAAAUGUUGACUACAUCUACGCCAUCACAACUGGCCAUCUCACCAGACCACAUCCCACCUUGUUUAUGGCUACUGCAACCUGCCACGGGCUAUAACGUGUACCCGUUGUCCAAGGAGUUGCUCCAAUCCAAACAAAUGCAAGUUAUAGCUGUGGGUCCUAAUUCGGUGCAAAUUCGUGUCGAAGUUGCUGCGCAAUCCAGUGUAAUUCUCACGCUGCUUCCGCUGUUUCGUACUACACUGCUGUUUCUGACCGCCACUGCCCUUAUUACCGAGCACCAUCACCAUCACUCCUCUUCGUUGCCGUCGACGUUGAAUUUCUUUGAGUCGUUGCUGGCGAACUCGCCCAAUAAUGUCGUGCCAGGGCUCACUCAUGCCAUCGCCGCCAUGACGUGGCUGCACCAGAAGACUUUGCCACAAGAAAUGGCUGGAGAAAUGGACCAACGCCUGCAACAACUCGUGGCCUCCCUGUACAACUGUGAAGGCGUAGAUAUAUACAAAGCGACCACCGACCUCCACGACCUCUGGAACGCUUAUCAAGACAACCAAAGCACCGUUGAAAUACACCGCUCUGUGCUUGAGACUCUUACCAUAAUGGGAAAUAACAAGGCGUAAAAUGCCAAUCGAUG